AUGUAUGGACAUGCAAUCGCAUUUGACUCAACAUAUAAGACCAAUAGUUAUGGCAAACCGUUACUUAUAUGGGUGGGAGUCAACAACCAUUUCAGGACUACCAUACUAGGCCUUGCAAUUCUCGCAAAUGAGUCUGCAAGCAGCUACAUGUGGGCGACACGAGCCUUUUUAGAAUGUAUGGAUGAGGCUCAACCCAAAACAGUUGUCACCGAUGGCGAUGAGGCGAUUGCAACAGUAAUAGAGGCUUUGAUCCCAAAUGCAACCCACCGCCUUUGUUAUUGGCAUAUGCACAACAAAGCUGUUAAAAAGGUGAAAGACCCAAGUUUCAGCGAAAGCCUAACAAAGCUGGUGUUCAAGUAUUAUGAUGUUGACGAGUUUGAGGAGAAAUUCAGUGAAGUUAUGAUACAGUAUGGGUUGCAAGGAAAGAAGUAUGGUACUAAAUUGUACAAUGCAAGACAUAAAUGGGCAGAGACCUACUUGAGAGGGAACUUUUUCUGUGGCAUGUUAACCACCCAACGUAACGAAGGUAUUAAUGCCAUUCUGAAGAAAAAAUUGAACCAGAAGUUGAAGCUAUAUGAAUUUGUUAGGGCCCUUGACAUGGCCCUUUCAUGGGUUAGGCAUCGCGAAGCAACCGAUGAUUAUGAGUCACUGCACACAUCACCACAAUUAGGAGUGACGAACUUACCAGUUGUGGAGGAAGAACUUUCAAGGAUAUAUACAAGGAAUAUGUUUUUUAAGGUUAGACGACAAAUGUCAAAGGAAGGCCACUACACUGUACUCACAAAAACCAUCAUGGAGGGUGCUAUAAUGAUGAAACUCCACAAGUUUCGUCGGGGCCCAAGCCGAGCAGUCUAUGCAACUUUUGCUCAUGACUUUUUUGUCUGUGAAUGCCAAUAUUUUCUUACAUUUGGGAUACCAUGUAGGCAUAUGUUUGCUGUAAUGAAGCACCUAGACACGGGACACAUGCCAAAGUCACUUAUUGUGACACAGUGGACAAUUGAAGCUCGGUCGGGAGAGAGUUCAAUCUAG